ACCUCUGGACUGUAUUCCUGUCAUCACGUGUGGUUGAGUCACCGGCUUUGAAACGGAACUGGUUUAACGUUCAGUGUGUUUUAUUACAGAAUUAAAAUAGUUUCAUGGUUUUAUUGUUCAGCAGAUAUUUUAUUGUUCAGCAGAUAUUAAAGUGAGAGAUGAAAAAAGUGAAAAAACGCCAGCAGCUGAAUGGGAACAGAGCGACGCCUGGGAGACCGGAAGAUCACAUGUCCUGGAGGAAGCAGAAGCUAGCAGACAUCCAGCAGGCUCUGAUCAGCGACCCUGUGGACAUCGAGACCCUGCGCAGUGCAGCUGUCAGCGAGGGAGGCUUGUUGACGGAUGACGUGCGAAGAAAAGUUUGGCCCAAGCUCCUUAACGUCAACGUGUUUGACCUUCCUGCCAAGCCUGCUAAAAAUAUCCGUGAGAACCACAAAGACUACAACCAGGUGCUUCUCGAUGUCAGACGCUCCAUGCGCCGAUUCCCGAGAGGGAUGCGGGCUGAUGAGAGGGCAGUGCUUCAGGAGCAGCUGAUUGACAUCAUCCUUGACGUUCUGAGGAGAAACCCUCAGCUGCACUACUACCAGGGCUACCAUGAUAUAGUGGUCACCUUCCUGCUGGUGGUAGGAGAGCGCAUGGCCAUAGCGAUGGUGGAGAAGCUGUCCAAUCAUCAUCUCAGGGACUUUAUGGACCCCACCAUGGACAAUACCAAACACAUCCUGAAUUACCUGAUGCCCAUUCUGGAGCAGGUCGACCCCGAGCUACACAACUUCAUGCUGAGAGCUGAGGUCGGGACCAUCUUUGCUCUCAGUUGGCUGAUAACGUGGUAUGGCCAUGUCCUCUCAGACUUCCGGCAUGUUCUUCGGCUCUACGAUUUCUUCCUGGCCUCCCAUCCGCUCAUGGCCAUUUACUUUGCUGCUGUGAUUGUGUUGUAUCGUGAGCAGGAGGUGAAGAGCAGUGAGUGUGACAUGGCCAGUGUUCAUCACCUGCUCUCUCAGAUUCCUCAGGAUCUUCCAUACGAGCAGCUCAUCACACACGCACACAAACUCUUCACCCUCUACCCUCCCGCCCAGCUCGCCUGCUCCACCACGCUGCAGUCCUGCAACAGUCUGGCCCCCGAAGCAGACACAGACAGACAUCCUCUGUAAUGAGUUAACAACAGCGUCUCUGAGACACACUGAGAGGUCUAAUGCACUGACCUUCAACAGAAGACGAGUCCACAGAUACCUGUGUAGUUUAUUACACUUUCUCUGUGUUACGGUAAGCCAGAACAGUCAACAUUGACAUUCUGAAGGUUGCUGGGUGAGAAUGUAAACUCCUCCUAGUGUUUCGGAUCAGUUUUUUUAAAACACCUGACAAGUCCAGACGUCAUUCUACAGUAUAUCGAUGCCUGGAUCUGAUAGAAGUGCUCAGUGGACAUGAGUGGUGAGUUGUGUAUCUCCACAAAAUGCAAUAAAUCUUGCGAGGAAAAUAAAUAAAUAAAUAAAAUAAAAUAAACAAAUAAAUAAAAACUUCCCCUGAUUGUGGAGUCUUUUUAUUUGACUAACUCGCUGGCUGUCUCAGUAAAAUACUUUUUUUUUGGAAAUUGUGUAAUAGUCAAGCCUUUUUGCUGCCUGGACUUGUAGCGAUGGCCAAAAGUGAUGUCUUUCUCUUUGGGCGAGAAAUAAAGAAACAUAUUAAAAUACAAACCAAAUCCUAGCUCAGUCAUGACCCAAAAUCAGACAGUGCAUGAUGAGCUGAAGGUUUCCUGCCUGGACACGUUCAUGAUAAGGUCAGACUGACGCAGACCACAGCUAAGCUGGAAAUUACUUCAUGCCUAAGUCAGAAAUUAUGACUGUGUGCUUCAUUACAGGUUGUGUGUUUUUUCUGUGUAAUGACAUUUAAAGAGAGCGAGAAACUAAACACAUUUAGAGUUUCUUUCUGUGCAUGAGUGUUCAUUGUAUUAUGACUUGCAUUUUAAAACGUACACAUGGAAUGUUCUCACUGUCUGAACAUCAGGCUUGACACUGCUGUGAUGCAUCAGGUUUUACAUCUGUGUCUUUCAGAUUCAUUAAAAAAACCCUUAGACUGAAAACAUCUUGAAUGUAGUUAAAUGGAUCUAGUAUUUUCUAGAAUUAGAUUUGACAAGAAUCCAAAUAUACAGCCUUAAAACUAUUUAUGCACUUUUAAUUCCAAGCUUUAAAUGGUCUAAUCCUGUUGGCAGAAAAAUGUCCUUCUUUUUUUAAAUGAAUGCUUAAAGUUAUAAAAUAUCUGAGAGUGAAAAUGAAGUUUUGAAUUAAAUUCAAGUUUGGAAUGGGCAAAAUGGUCUUGAAAUAAAUCUAAUAAUCUGA